AUGAAGCUCCCACUUCCGCGAGGCGCGGUCUGGACAACACAAUAUCUGAACUCGUGGUCUCCUACGUACCUGCGGUCUUCCAUCUCCCUCCAAGCCGAUGUUGAUAGCCGCCAACCAUGCUGCUCUCGCCGGUAUACCAGCGACGCCGCAGCGUCCUUACAAGGAACUAGAACCGCACAACAAACAAAACCUCCUACUCCGAGCACCCAACACACUACGACCACUACCGCCUCCUCACCGUCAUUACCUGAUCAAGUCCGCCUCCUCAUGCGCCGAGUCCCGUACCCCGUCGCUAUCAUCACGGCCACCGACCCCUCCGGCCCGCUCGACACAAGCGCAUUCCGCGGAAUGACCGUCUCAUCCUUCAAUACUGUCACUCUCACUCCGCAGCCCGUGAUCUCAUUCAACGUGCGGCGACCCUCAGAGACAUUAAACGCCCUGCUCGCCUCGCGGCGGUUCUUGGUGCAUUUACUAUCCCCGGGCCCCGCGACGGCGACACUAGCCCGGGACUUUUCAAAGGGGAAUACAACUCUCGCGUCCAUGCUGGGUGGUCACGGGGAGUUUGAGUUUGAGGGGUUAGCUGCUGAUCCCGAGAUGGGGAUUGAAUCGGAACGACCGCUGCCCAUUCUUCGGCGAAGACAUGCUAUAAAAACAAGUGUUGACUUCCCCUUCGUGUUUGAGUGUGCCCUCCAUGCAAACCAGAUCGAUAUUCAUGAUCAUUCGAUUGUUCUAGGGACUGUUAUUCGCACGAUCCAGAGCGUCGAUACCGCACUGGCCUCCACCGAGGGCGAUUCGGAAGACCUGCCGGACCGGCUAUGUUUGACGUAUGCGAACACCCGAUUUUGGAAGAUGGGUAGUCAGAUCUGA